AAUCUCAUAUUAUUUUGUGUGACAUUUGAUUUUUUCCUUCAAGGUCCAAAAAGUCAUAAUUAAUAUAUAGUACUCUUAAUUUGUAUUAUCUCCUUUCAUCAUCAUUGUUAAGGUGGCCACACAUAAUUUAUUGCCCUAGCCAGAACGCUUUUAAGAGCAAAAGUGACAUUAUUAAUAAUUAUACCUGGACAACAGGUACAAACCUGGAUUGUCCCAGGCAAACUGCAAUGGGUAGUUAGCCUAAAUUCAUAACUAAUUUGUAUUGAAUACUUAUGUGUUAGGUCCUGUGCUUCACAUGCAUGAUUUUGUAAUCCUUAAACGAAGCUUCAUGAGAAUGUUACCUAUUUUACAGAGGUAACUGAGACUCAGAAGAGAGACUAGGUAAUUUGUCCUCAAUUACAUAACCAGUAAGUGGUAGAGCCCCCAUUUUAACCCAGGUCUGUCCAAUGGCAAAGUCACUAAACUUUUAUGUCUUUAGACUUAAUUGCUGUCUAAUGAGAUCAGAAAUGCAAAGAAAAUGAAAGGUUGUAAUUUUUUAAAUCCAUAGGUUAUAUUGCAUCAAAAACGUUUGUUAACGUAAAGGAAAUUUGCUUUGUGAAGCAGAUAAUUUUCCACUUGUUCAUCAAGAUGGAAAGCUCAGAUUCUAACGAUAAAGGAAGUGGUGAUCAGUCUGCAGCACAGCGCAGAAGUCAGAUGGACCGAUUGGAUCGGGAAGAAGCUUUCUAUCAAUUUGUAAACAACCUCAGUGAAGAAGAUUAUAGGCUUAUGAGGGAUAACAAUUUGCUAGGCACCCCAGGUGAAAGUACUGAGGAAGAGUUGCUGAGAAGACUACAACAAAUUAAAGAGGGUCCACCACCACAAAACUCAGAUGAAAAUAGAGGUGGAGACUCUUCAGAUGAUGUGUCUAAUGGUGACUCUAUAAUAGACUGGCUUAACUCUGUCAGACAAACUGGAAAUACGACAAGAAGUGGGCAAAGAGGAAACCAAUCUUGGAGAGCAGUGAGCCGGACUAAUCCAAACAGUGGUGAUUUCAGAUUCAGUUUAGAGAUCAAUGUUAACCGUAAUAAUGGGAGCCAAAAUCCAGAAAAUGAAAAUGAGCCAUCUGCAAGACGUUCUAGUGGAGACAGUAUGGAUAACAACAGCCAAAGGCAAGUAGAAAAUCCUCGAUCAGAGUCAACAUCUGCAAGGCCACCCAGAUCAGAACGAAAUUCAACUGAAUCAUUAACAGGAGAAGCCCCACCUACCAGAGGUCAGAGAAGGGCAAGAAGCAGGAGCCCAGACCAUCGGAGAACCCGAGCAAGAGCUGAAAGAAGUAGAUCACCUCUGCAUCCAAUGAGUGAAAUUCCACGAAGAUCUCAUCAUAGUAUCUCAUCUCAGACUUUUGAGCAUCCUUUGGUAAAUGAGACUGAGGGAAGUUCUAGAACCCGGCACCAUGUGACAUUGAGACAGCAAAUAAGUGGACCUGACUUGCUAAGUAGAGGUCUCUUUGCAGCUUCUGGAACAAGAAACUCCUCACAAGGAGCUGGGUCUUCAGAUACAACUGGCAAUGGUGAAUCUACAGGAUCAGGCCAGAGACCUCCAACCAUAGUCCUUGAUCUUCAAGUAAGAAGAGUUCGUCCUGGAGAAUAUCGGCAGAGAGAUAGCAUAGCUAGCAGAACUCGGUCAAGGUCUCAGACGCCAAACAACACUGUCACUUAUGAAAGUGAACGUGGAGGUUUUAGGCGUACGUUUUCACGUUCUGAGCGAGCAGGUGUGAGAACCUAUGUCAGUACCAUCAGAAUUCCAAUUCGUAGAAUUUUAAAUACUGGUUUAAGUGAGACUACAUCUGUUGCCAUUCAGACCAUGUUAAGGCAGAUAAUGACAGGUUUUGGUGAGUUAAGCUACUUUAUGUACAGUGAUAGUGAUUCAGAGCCUAGUGGCUCAGUCUCGAGUCGAAAUAUGGAAAGGUCAGAGUCACGGAAUGGAAGAGGGGGUUCUGGUGGUGGUAGCAGUUCUGGUUCCAGUUCGAGUUCCAGUUCGAGUUCCAGUUCAAGUUCCAGUUCUAGUUCCAGUUCCAGUCCUAGUUCCAGUUCCAGUGGUGAAAGUUCAGAGACUAGCUCAGAAGUAUUUGAAGGCAGUAAUGAAGGAAGCUCAUCAUCAGGCUCAUCAGGUGCCAGGCGAGAGGGUCGACACAGGGCCCCCGUAACAUUUGAUGAAAGUGGCUCUUUGCCCUUCCUUAGUCUGGCUCAGUUUUUCCUCUUAAAUGAGGAUGAUGAUGACCAACCUAGAGGACUCACCAAAGAACAGAUUGACAACUUGGCAAUGAGAAGUUUUGGUGAAAACGAUGCAUUAAAAACCUGUAGUGUUUGCAUUACAGAAUACACAGAAGGCAACAAACUUCGUAAACUACCUUGUUCCCAUGAGUACCAUGUCCACUGCAUCGAUCGCUGGUUAUCUGAGAAUUCUACUUGUCCUAUUUGUCGCAGAGCAGUCUUAGCUUCUGGUAACAGAGAAAGUGUUGUGUGAUUAAGAUCUGAACUCUCAGCUAUGUAGCUGGUAUAGUGAUGGGCAAACAGGAAUCAUGUGCUUUAUGUCCACUUUUUGAGUGGUGCUUAAAUGUAAAGUAGCAACCUGAAUUGAGUCAUUGCUUUCUGAAUGAAAUCAUUGUCCUUUCUCUAAUUUCUGUUCCAGAAUAAAAGGAAAUAUUUAAAAAGCAACGUUUUAGGACAUAAAAAUCUGAUUUCAGUAUCAGUAAUUGUUGUUACUGAUGGUUUACCAUAUAUACUUGUCAGUUUCUCCUGUGUUAUCUUAAAAGAUCUGCCUUAGCAAUGGCUCUUAUCUGUUUCAUGUUGAUCUUUAAAGUUUCCUAUGCCACAGGAAAGAGGGGCAAAGGAAAUUCCCAGUUUAGACUAAGUUACAGUACAUGUUUCCUAAGUGAUUGCUUAAAGCUAUACUGUUCCAAGUUAUUAGUUGGCACAAAUUUACCUACAUUCUGAAUAUCAGUUGUUCACCUUUCAGAUAAGGUGAUAUUGGACAUGUCAGUGUAAAUAACACUAAGGUUAGGAUCUUCUAAGUGUAUAACUGUCUCCUAAGCCCAUCACUGUGGCACACUGUAGAGUGAGCUUAUAGUUUAAUUGAGAUAUUUAUCUUGUGGAAAUAUAAAAAAAAGCCUAUGCUUGUGUAAGUGAAAAAAAUCACAUUCAUUUGUUUAAAAAUGUAAAGCUAUUUUGUAGAGGCUCAGUACUUUUCCAAUGCACUGUUGUAUUAAUGCAUUAAAAAUUGUAAAGUACCAUGCUUAGAAAUGAAAAAACUGCUUUUUGUGAGCCAACAUAGUAAAAAAACACACCAAACAAAGUACAAAGCUGCUUUUGUAAGUGUGUAGAUGUAAGAGCAGAACAUAUCUAUGAUAUUUAAUGUAUGUGAACAGCUACUGUGACAUGCAAAGGAAGGGACAGAGUGCAGAAUUGAACUGCAUUAAAGAUCAGUGGAAAUUGUUUAUUUUAACUUGGAUUUAGGCAGGAAGUGAAAGAUGGGAGGAGUAAAGAAAACUGCUUGAAAGAACUUAACUUUACAUGAAGACAGUAAUCAUACAGACGUGAACUGGUUUCAUAUGGUGAGAUCCUUGACAAAGUAUUCUACUUGAGCAGAUGAAGCAAAUUUGGCAGAGCUUUGGUUUAAGAAAAACAAGUUACUACCCCCAGCACAAGUUACAUUGAUGUUUUUACAAGUCUGCUCCUCAAAAAAAAAAACCCAACCAAAAGAAACAUAGCAAAAGAUGGAGGAAAGAGACUAUAAACCACUUUUAGCGUAAGAAUUGAAGUUGGUACAAAUGUGUGUACUAAUAGGAAAGUAUCAAAUUUGCAUUGUUUUAGAGAUUUGUCAUUCAAGGUACCAGUGCACACUUGUUUAAUGUUUCGUUAUUAUCUAACACAGACCUAACAUCUCACAUUUAAAAACAAGGUGAAGAAUUAAGGGUUUUUUAUUCUUUGUGGCAAGUGAGGCCUGUUGGGUUAUUUGAAAUUCAGAUUUUAAAUGUGCUGCCCAUAUUUGAAGAUGAGAAUGCUGACUCACAAUCUAUGGGAUAUGCACUUUAUGUUGUUUCCUUAGUAAGAUUUGUGCAGAACCCCAGUACUCUUGCCAACUUUCUCUUAAGGCUGGUUGGGGUUAGAAUUAGUCUAACUGUGGAGGACUGUCUUUGUUUUUCUGGGGAAAGCUAAUGGACCCAAAGAGGGAUUAAACACAUACUUGGCCUUUAACAAAGCCCGGUCCUAGUCACAUACUCUACAAAAUAAACAAGUCUGCUUUAGAAAUGAUCUGGCUACCUUAACUGUUAUCAACUCAGCUGUAAAGAUUAUUUCAAAGCUCAUUCUUUCAUAUUUUCCUCUGCUUUCAGUCCUACCUAAGUAUCAAGGAAAUUAACUUGUAAAUAUGGUAGUUGUUUACUAAGGAUAUGUACUGCUCUUGCAAGGAAAUAAUGUCCGAACAAAGCUUCACUUAUUUUUUUUAAUAUAAGCAGAUUUCACUGUUUAUGGCGCUUAUGUAAUACAUUUUAUCUUUUUAAAAAAAAUUGUCCAUGUAAAAGUCAGGAUUCCUUUACAUUUGUGAGCCUCCUUGUCUCCUUUCCUAAAGGUGUAAUCUAUGGUUUUCAGAUCUGCAGGGUAAUCCUGAUUGGCUAAAAACAAACCCAUUUUCCUCUUGGUAUAAAAUGUCUCAAAGGGGUGUUCAUUUUAAAUAGUUUAAAAACAACUGCAUCACAUUCUAAGCAUAAAAGAAAGCUAUUAACAGGUACCUUCUUAACCUCCCAAGAUGUAUUAUUACUCAUUUGUGAAGUAUUAAAGUAAGGGGUAACUCAUGCAGAAUGCUGGUUAUGAAUGUAGAUAUUGAAGCUAUUCAUAAACACUGGAAAUAGAAUUUUAAGUUUUUAGCCUUCAGUAGAAUGCACAUAUUGAACAUGUGCAUGUGGAAACCUUUUUCAGUAGCACUCAUUAAUUUCCAUUGGAUUGUGUAGAAUGGAUACAAAUAUUUUAGUGGAAUUUGCUACUUGAUUUUUUUUUUUUUGCAAAGUCCAUGAACAAUAUGUACUUACUAGUAUGGACAUUGAAGACAAGGUCAUUUGUAGGUGUCAGAUAUACAAUGGAGAACAAAAUCUUUUUUCCCACCAGCAUCCAAACACCUGUUCUCUUGAGGGAGCAUUUUCUUGCAAAAGAUUUUACAUUUCAUUUUGUAUCCUUGCACUUUUUCUUUAUCACAGAAAGGUUCUGUCUUGAGGACCUAGUUUGAACUUCAUGCAGUAAUAGGAACAAGAAAAAACAGUGUUGGGUAUUACAUUGUUCAAUGCAUAGGGAAAGGUACUAAAAACUGAAUUACCUUGAAUAUUUCAGAUUAUUUUUUAAAGUUCACUUACUAGUCUGAAAUGUUUGAGGUGUUAUGUUGUUUAACUCCAAGCAGCUGACAUGAUUGAGAUUUAUUAAUACUAAAAACAAAAUUGAACAAGUUAGCUUUAAAGUUUGCAGGCUUUAUCUGUAGCAACACUAGAAGAUGAGCCAUAUUGUUAAUUUGGAAUAUUUGCUCUGAAAAGAACACAUUAGUUAUACCUCAGUGGUGUUAAUGGAGCUGGGGAUUGAGAAAAGUGUUCACAUUAGUGUUGGAGUGUAGGUAAUCAAUUGUACAGUUAACAAUGACAGGAAAUAUUUAGCCACCAGGAUUUUAUAUAUGUGUGUGUGUGUGUAUACGUAUACAUAUACAUAUAUAAAAUCUCUAAAAACAUGAUCGUUGGAGUUCAUCCAAACUUUAAGAUUAGGAAACUUAGCUAUAAGUGUUACCUCAAGUAAUUUUUUUCCCUGGGAAAACAUGCUCUUUCUGUGCCAAGUAUUCUGUCCUAAUGUCUGUGUCUCAAAUUAUAUUUAUGAAGGGUUAUCACUUAAUAUACUUUGUAUUUAAUCACCUGCUUCCCAGAUGUCCAUGACAUGAAAUGGGUCAAGCAUCAGCCAUAACUUUAAGCAUUUCCCAAAAUACCCAUAUGAUAGGGAGGUGAAUGUUGCAGAAUGCUUCUUGAAAGGCCAUUUUUACAGCUUGCUAGAAAACAGUGGCACCUUGUGGUUGGUGUUGAUACUUUAAAGAUGGAGGAUAUUUUUAUUCCCUGCUUUACUCCACCCUGUUUCUUUGUUCUUUGUGAACGAAAAAUACUUGUAAUCUGCCUUAUUUGAGUUUUUAAGUUUUACCUUAGUGGCUUCACUGUCAAAUGUAUCACCAAUAUUAAAUACAUAGAAGCCACAUUUGCAGGGCACUUUUAUUCUUGUCUUAUAAGACUGUGCUGAUUGCUACUUUCUAAAGUAUUCUGUACCUUAGUAAUGCAAGAGAUUGAUGAGGCACAUGUUAAAGUGUCAGGCGUUUGUGUUUUUUUUUUCCCUUAGUAUAAUUCUUCAGUAUGUGUAAUAUUCGAUGUGUUGUAAUUCAUUGAGUUAAUUGUGCGCUUUUGAAAAAACAUUUGAAGGUGUAAAUCAGCUUAUAACAUGCUUCAUUUGAAAAGUUGAAGUGCAAGGUCCAAGUAACUAGUAUUUCAUUUAUUUUUAAAUCAGAUUUUUAAUAAGCAACUAAGAAACUGCUAUGGAUUACGUACCUGCCCUUUACAAUUUUUAGCAUUCUGAAAUGAGUUCUUAACUGGAACAUUUCUAAAAUAUUAAUAUUCCCAACAGGUAAGCAGUCUUACUUGAUUUAAGUAACUUGAUUUUGCAUCUAAAAUACAGUAUAAAAUUGAACUGUUACUGAGCUCUUGGAGCUCUCAAGGAAUAACGGUUUGUAUCAGUUUUAUGAUUGUUUUCAUGUCUACAUAGCUAUUUUAAUUCAAAUUUGAAGAAAAUAGGCACACCCUCCAACACUCAGAAUCACUGAUAUACUUAUUUUUGAUUAGGAUUUGUUUACUAAAGACCCCCAAGCUGCUUUUAUAGUUCCUUAGAUUGAGUAUAUCUUAAAGACAUGCAGUGAAAGUGAACCCCAUCAUACCACUGUGCCUAGUUACUUCAGGGUUCCUCUUAUCAGUUCCUCAUCUUGCAGAUUUAUCUUAAUACCAAGGUAUGGCUGAACUAGCUGCCCAGCCUUAAAUCUUUUUAGUGCCCCUCUGCUAACAUUCUUUUAAUUGAGUGAUUUGAAUGUGUUUUAACUGUUCAGUGUUUGGAUUUUACCUCUUGAUAGCUCCAUUUGUCCCUGGUGCUGCUUUUAAAGAUGUAGGGCCAUGUGAUCAGGUAUCAAGUUGAGUAGGUAUGCAGUUGGCCUGGUUAUGUUUCUGUGCCUGUUUUAUCUUCUCCCAGGAAGAGCUGCUUUGGUAUAGAUGUUUACUUAGAUUCAAAUAAAGAACUGGGCAGCAAUUUUGGAAAGCUUUCUGAAGCCUAUAAGAACCUGAAGGGAUUUGGAGGGGAUACAGUAACAAAGGCUGCCUUUUAUGUCUUUGAACAUGAAGCACAUAAAUGUAUGUUCUGUAAAGACUAAAGUGAUUGUUCUACCAGGGCUUCCUGACCUUUGGGAGAGACUUUCAAAAAAGCAGAAAGUACAAAGUGAAGUAAAUUUGGUUGGCUUGCUUUAUCUGGUUUCUGAUUUUCUUUCAAUUUAAACCUGAGCAUAACACCCUUCUCCAAUAUCUGUCCAGCAGACUCCUGGUUGGGAAGCCCUGUAUUAAAUUUUAAGAAUGUACCCAGUUUCCCCCCCCCUUUUUUUUUUGUACAGUGCUUUACACCUGCUAAAAAUUUAACUUGUUUAAUGCAAAACAAGACCUUGAAAGGUCAGUCAUAUUAAAGCUGGUUUGAUUAUUAAUAGUUAUCUUUUAGGAAGAAGCUUUUUCCCUAUGUAAGAUGUCAUACUGCAGAUUUAAAAUAUAGACUAUCAAUAAAAUGCAUGAAGUGAUCACUUGUGCUUGAUCAUCUCUCCUUGGGUUUUUCUUUUAAAGGGGGAAUCUGAUAAAGGUUCUGUUGCUUCACACCAGUGUCAGAUAGACGUGGUUUUUAGAAUCAAGUAGAAUUACAGUGCAACACAACCUUGAUUUUGAUUCCUCUCACUGAGUGUGGGCAGGUACUGGUUUAUGGAAUAGAACUUCCAUUCUGUAUCAUGUAAUUUAAUGGCUUAAUCUUUCAGUGGUAAAAUAAAAGAAUAAAGUCUAUUCCUGUAUAAGAGUCCUGGAAGGAUUUAUGUAAAUGACAUUUUAAGUAGGUGCAUCUUUGCUGUUUCUUGUAUUUUCACCAUUGCCCUGACCACUCCCUUGCUUGACCUCUGUAAAUACAAAACUUGUCUAGGUGUGCAUGUGUCCUCACACAGCUUUUGUCUUCCAUCCCUACUUCCAGCCUUUUAAACAUGUUGCUUAAACCAGCAGUCCCCAACCUUUUUGGGACCAGGGACCAGUUUUGUGGAAGACAGUUUUUCCAUGGGCCGGGGAGGGCUGGUGGUGGUGGUGGUUUCAGGAUGAUUCAAGCACAUUACAUUUAUUGUGCACUUUAUUUCCAUCAUUACAUCAGCUCCACCUCAGAUCAUCAGGGGAACCCCUGGCCUAAACCACUAAGAGUUUUUGUUUCUAAGAAGGUCAUCACAUUCUGAUACCUGGAUGUGACUUUCCCUUGGUACUGAUAUUCACUUAGCUGAUGGUGAAUUUUAUUAUCGUUUCAUUUCCUCUAGUGCCUACAGAGCCCUAUCAUUGGCAUAGGAACACAGUUCCUCGGGAUUGUCAACUUUUGGUUGACCUUUGAUGUGGUCAACUUUUCUUUGCCUCAUGAUUUUCCCAGAGUUUUAGUGUCGUUCAUGAUUCUUUUCUUUGAAACUCAAGCACACCACUGAAUAGUUCACAUUCUAGAUAACAAAGUAAGCCAAUACACAGGCAUCAUGUUGAAGGAAGUUUAGUGUAAAGGACCAUUACCUAGAACAGAGGAUGUGGUAAAUCAGAAUGGAUUAUAAACUACUCUUAAUAGUCAUUUAAAAAACAGGAAAUGAAAGCUAGGGUCCGGUUUCUUUGAGGUCUAGGGUCCGGUUUCUUUGAGGUCUUUGAAUUCAGGCAAUAUUUAAAUCUAAGACCUCGCAAAUGAAUUACUAAUAGCUGUAUUAAAAUAGCUAAUUUUUUCUGCUUGCUGUCAGGUGUUUUAUUAAGUACCAUAAGUUAAUCCUCAGUGAUUCUGAGGUGUAUUAUUAUCACCCUAUUUUAUAAAUGUGACAUAUACUGGCAUUUGGUAACUUGCCCAAGGUCACAUUAUGAGUGGCAGCAUAUUUCCAAGUGAGAUCUCUGAUUCCAGAGCUUAUUUUCAUCGUGCUCUUACUCUUGCUGCCAUAACAUGGCCCCUAAUUUGUUUUUUUAAAUAUUUAUGUCAAGUCCUAGAGUAAUUACUUAUGAGGUAUUAUUUCUUAGAAUAAACAUUGGUUUUGGGUAGUUUGCCAAGGAAAAGUUGAAGGGCAAAUCUGAGGAGGAUUAACGAUGAUAUUGUAAAUUCUGUAAAUCAUUUUGGGUAUUACUAAAUACACCUUAGUGCUAUGUGUAUCAAGGUGUUUUAUUUCCAAAAAUUUGGAAGGCUGGAAUGUGUUUUAGAAAUCUUUAAUGUUAAUGGUCAUCUCAGUCUCAUUAAAUGUGCUCUUGGCCCCAGUUACGACUUGAUUUGAAAUAUGAAAUGACUAGGAAAAAAUUGUAGAUUCUUUUCUCAGUAUGCCAGCCAGUUUAUUGGUAGCCAAGUUAAUGGCCCUUAAAGUUGCCUUGGGCAACCAUAGGCAUUCCAAGAAUGUCACUGUUGCUCAGAAGAUAUUUGGAACUUGUGAGCACCUGAGAGAAGCAGCCUUCUUCAGUUUGUUCAUGUUAUUUGUCACCCUUGAGAUGAACCUUCACGAUUUUGAACAAUUAUCUUUUUCUCAAUGGAUGGGAGACUUGCCACCCUUAAGCAUACUCAGAAAAAUACUGUGUGCUCUGAAAGCAAUCACAAACAAGGCAUUUGAAGUAAUAGCUUUAGAAUAAGUAAAUGGCUGCUGAGGUGAGUGCUUUAAAAAGAUUAUCACGCCUCAUUCGACAUUUAAACGCAGGGAGAAAUAGAAUCCAUACUCACAAGAAGCAGGCAUUUCAGUGGGGAGACAUGUAAAGUAUUACAAAAACCUUAAAAGACACACAUAGCAUAAUUAUCCAUCCCCAUGCAAAUGAUGUAUGAGGAGAGCCGUGAGGAAUAAUGGGAGUGAACAAGGGCUCAUCUGAAUUUAGAGUUUGUUUCCUCAGCAUUGUAAUAGGAGAUAAAUGUGUAUUGUGCGUCCACUAUGUACUAGGCAUUGUGCUGGUCUGAGGUUUCUCUUCCCCUUGUUUUUGGCAGAAUGGGGACCUGAAGCCUCUGAAAAUAUUGCUGAAUUUCUCAGUGAACAGUGUUGCUGACUGUGAUGUACCUACUUUUUUAAAAAAUUCACAGUUUCACCUAUCUGUACCAGAUGUUCUAGAAUAGUGCUGUCCAGUGGGAAUAUAAUGCAAGUCACAUGUAAUUUAAAAAUCUCUAGCAGCUGCAUUACAAAAGGAAUAAAGAUAUUAGUUGCAAUUGAUGUUAGUACUUUUACUUACCCCAAUAAAGUAAAAAUAUUUUAACGUGAUCGAUAUAAAAAUUAUUAAUGAGAUAUUUACAUUUUUUAUAUUGUCUUCAAAAUCUAGUAUUUUACACAUAUAGUAUGUCUCAUUUUGGAUAAGGCAUAUUCCAAAUGCUCAAGCGCAACAAGUGGCUAGUGGCUACCAUGUUGGACAGUGCAGUUCUAGAACAAUAUGGGAGAGAGUGAUUAAAGUGGGUGGGAUGCAAAUAGUGAUGUCAAUUACUUGGCACUCACAAUUGGCAUUUGCCAUCUACCUCUACAAGGAUUAAAUUAUGUGCUGCUGCAGCUGCUGACUUUCAACACCCCCUGAAAGGUGUUCAGGGUGGAGAGCUGAAAUGAGGCACUCCGUUCUCUGGAGAAAAAGUGGCAGAACAGGUCUUUAGAUAGAUAUUUUCAGGAGCCAACUUUAUGAGCCCAAUUCUUGUAUCUCUUCAUAUCUAGAAAAACACUAAAAUCCUUCAUGGUGAUGUCUGCUCCUCAUGACUAGCAGUAACCUGCGCCAGAGUAGCAGAAACCUUCUGUAAACAAUAUGUGCUUGAUUGCAUGUUUUUCCCUUUCACCAAAACCGUAUAUAUACUGAGCUUCCCCCCUGCCUCUUUGGAACAGUUUCUCAGAGCUCUCUGGGAUGCUGUCUCCUGGGCUGCAGUCCUCAUUUUGCCCCAAAUAAAACUU